GAGGAGCUGAGUGUGUGAUAUAAUAAACUGAUGGACUGUGAGAACCUACAGAUGGUAUCAUCAUAUAUGAGCUGAUGAGUGUCUCUGCUGUAGGACUGGAGAUCCUGAUGAAGACGGAGCAGAACUUUUCUAACUGAAGACUCUGAAAGACUCUGAACUCCAACCUCAGAAACAGGACUGGAGAUCCUGAUAAAGACGGAGCUGAACUUUUCUAACUGAAGACUCUGAAAGACUCUGAACUCCAACCUCAGAAACAGGGAUGAAGUUCCUCUUUGUGAUGCUUCUGCUUUUCUCUGCCUUUUUGGAGUCUGAGUCAGAGAACUUUAAAGUAGUUGGUCCAGCUGCUCCUCUUGUUGCUGAAGCUGGUGAAGACCUCGUUCUGCCUUGUUCUGUCAAACCGAGCAUCAGUGUUGUGGGUAUGAGAGUAGAGUGGUUUAGACUGCAUCAGACAGACAGUGUAGUGCAUGUCUAUGAUGGUUAUGAAGACAGUAAUGAAUACCAGAUGGAGUCUUACAGAGGAAGAACGGCUUUAUUUAAAGAAGAGCUACAAAAAGGAAACACCUCACUAAAACUCUCAGCUUUGCGACUUUCUGAUGAAGGAGCUUACAAGUGUUACAUUGAAUCCAUAUCCUGGAGUGAUGAUGUGACUGUUUAUGUUGAAGUUAAAGGAAAAGGUUUUCAUGCUUGGAAGAUUGCCAUCAUCUGCAUUUCAGUUUUUGCCAUUACAUUAAUUGCCUUUACAGGUUACAUCUUGAAAGAUAAAUCGUCAAAAAAGCAACUUUCUCCUGCACAGUGCUCAGUCAUAACCUACACACGUCUCCAGUCAGAGCAUGUGAGGAAAGAGUUGGACCUGAAGAGAUACAACACAUCAGAGGAGGGAUACAGGAGAUUCAUCCCAGCUAUCUCACACUACAGAAAGGCAAAAUUUGCUGGAUGUAAUCUCACAGCACAGUCCCUUGAAACUUUACAGCUCUACAAACAGAAAACUCCUCCCUGAGAGAGCUGGACAUCAGUAACAAUGAUCUGCAUGAUUCAGGAGUGGAGCUGCUGUCUGCUGGACUGAAGAGCUCACACUGUAAACUGGAGAUACUCCGACUAGCUUUGUGUAAUCUUGGGAAAUAUACAUGUAACACUCUGGGAUUAACACUGCAAGCAGAAACCUGGUCCCUAAAAGAGCUGGACCUCAGUAAGAAUAAUCUACAGGAUUCAGGAAUGGAGGACCUUUCCCAGGGACUGAAGAGUCCACUCUGUGAACUGGAGAUAUUCAGAUUAGACAUGUGUGGUUUCACUCUGGAGUCUUGCAAAUCUCUCAUAUCAGCCCUACAAACAAAAAUCACCACCCUGACAGAGCUCAACCUUAGUAGCAAUGAGCUGCAGGAUUCAGCAAUGGAGCUGCUCUCUGCUGGGCUCAAGACUGGAAAAUGUAAACUGGAGAUACUCAGACUAGCUCUGUGUAAUCUUGGAGGAAAGGAAACGUUUGAAAAUAUUGGAUCACUUUUAAAACAGGAUAACUCCUCCCUCAAAGAGCUGGAUCUCAGUAAUAAUGACCUGCAAGAUUCAGGAAUGAAGCUGUUAUCUGAUGGAUUGAACAGUUCCCACUGUAAACUGGAAAUACUCAGAUUAUCUGGUUGUAUGAUUACAGUGGAAGGUUGUUCCUCUCUGGCUUCAGCUUUGCGUUCAAACUCCUCACACCUGAAGGAACUGGAUCUGACCUACAAUCACCCAGGAGAGUCAGGAGUGAAGCUGCUCUCUGCUAGACGAGAGGAUCCACUAUGCUUACUGAGCAAACUCGGAUUGGAACAUAGAGGUGAAAACAGAAUCAGAGCAGGACUGAAGAAAUAUUCCUGUGACUUCACUCUGGAUCCAAACACAGUGAACAGAUUUCUCACUCUGUCUGACGGGAACAGGAAGGUGGAGCGUGUGUGGGAUGAUCACUCGUAUCCUGAUCAUCCAGAGAGAUUUGAUGAGUGGUGUCAGGUUCUGUGUAGAGAGAGUCUGACUGGACGCUGUUACUGGGAGGCUGAGAGGAGCGGGACGGUUUAUAUAUCAGUAGCAUAUAAAUCAAUCAGGAGGAAAGGAGACAGUGAGGACUGUCGGUUUGGACGGAAUGAAAAGUCCUGGAGUCUGAGAUGCUCUAAUAACAGUUACUCUGUCCGUCACAAUAAGAACAGCACUAAACUCUCUGCUCGUCCGUCCAGUGAGAGAGUAGGAGUGUAUGUGGACUGUCCGGCCGGCUCUCUGUCCUUCUACAGAGUCUCUGAUGAUCAAACACUGACGCACCUUCACACGUUCAGCACCACAUACACUGAACCGCUCUGUGCUGGGUUUAAUAUUGAUUACAGCUCCUCAGGGUGUUUAAAAUAAAAUCUCCUCCUGAGUGAAACACAAACCAUAAAAAUAUCAGGUUUAUGUGGUUUAAUGUACAUAGUUUUAAUUAGAAUCGAGUCAAUGCCGACACAUCCUAGGAAUUUAGUUCCGUCCGUUGGUGAAUGAAGUGGACAAUAUGAUGAACAAAGAGUAUUAGCAUGUGGAAAGAAACCACCCUGGUAUCUGGUAGUUCUGAGGGGUAGAGGCCAUCUAGGCCCAGUAUAUAGACACUGUAUCUACAGGGCCAUGAAAAGUAUUUGCCCCUUCAGUUUCUAUUUUUCGUAUUUGUCACACGUCAGUGUUUCAGAUCUUCAAACUACUUUUUAUAUUAGAUACUGGAAAACUAAGUAAACACAAAAUGCUGGUUUUAAAUUAUUUUAUUGAAGGAAGAAUGCAGGAGUGGUCGGCCUACCAACGUUUCUCCAAGAGCACAUUGACGACUCCUCCAGAAGGUCACAAAAGAACCCAGACAAACAUCUAAAGAGCUGCAGGCCUCACUCACCUCAGUUAAGGUCAAUGUAUAUGAUUCCACAAUGAGAGACACAGGGUGAAAAUGACAUUGUUGGGACAGUAGCAAGGCGCAAACCACUGCUGACCAAAAAGAACACACAGCCUCGUCUCACAUUUGACAAAAAACAUCUAGGUGACUUUUGUGACAAUAUUCUGUGGACUAAUGAGUCAAAGGUGGCUCUUUAUGUGAGACAUGGGUCCCAUUACAUCUGGCGUAAAGCUAACACUGCAUUCCACCACAAGAACUUCAUACCAACAGUCAAACCUGGUGGUAGUGUGAUGGUCUGGGGCUCCUUUGCUUCUGCCGGACCUGGAUAGCUUGUCAUAACUGAUGGAAUCAUGAAUUCUGCUCUCUAUCAGAAAAUCCUGAAGGAGAAUGUCCGUCUGUCAGUUUGUGACCUAAAGCUCAAGCGCAUUUGUUAUGCAGCAGGACAAUGAUCCGAAGCACACAUGCAAGUCCACCUGCAUUCUGUUUACUCACUUUGUCUUUACAUUAUAGUAAAUUAGCUGAAUGAUCUGAAACAUUUAAAUGUUACAAAUCAGCAAAAACAGAAGAAAUCAGGUGAGGGGCAAAUACUUUUUCACAGCACUGUAUAUCUGUUGUAUAUGCAUGGGUGUCAGUGUUUUAAAACAAGACAAAGAAAGAAAAGUAUUUAUGAUUUUACACAAAAUAGACCUCAAAUGUUUGGUAAAACAUGAGAAACCUUUGAUUAUGAACGCUUUUCCUAGACAUAAAGCUUCCCUGUCUGUUCCAUGAACACUCAACGUGAAUCUGGGAUUUUCCACGCCUUGGUCAGCUCUGACCCUGUAAUACACACACAGGUGACCCAGAGUGUCAGUAACUUUGUACAUUUUAUUAACACAUUAAAAUCCAGAUCUUAGUACUAAUAGCACAAAGUGACACUACAACGCACUGUUGACUAGGAAUUACGCUGUUUGUCCUUCAGCCCAGCAUGGUAUUCCAUAACAUUCCCAGUUUGAAAAACACAAAUUUAAAAGGCGUUAUCUGCAGGUUCUCUAUUUGAUGUCAAACAUACAUAAAUGAUGAACUAACCUAAUUUAGAGCACAAAUAUAGAAAUAUGUCCACAUAUGCAGUCGUGACUGAAGCGGCUUUUAUAUAAAUAUAUGUCUGAGACUGUAUGCUCUAGUGCUGUAUCUCUUUCUCCUCACUGUGUUUGUAUUCUUCUUAGACGAUAGUUCAAUUAAUAAAAUAGACAAUCAAUGUA